GGCCGCUGCGGCCGUACGUGUUUCUGGUGUUCCCGCGCUCGGCAGUGCAGUGCUUGUGACAACGCGCCAAAACGCGCGCCCACUUGAAUGAUCUGUUUGUGUACCCUCGGCUUGUUUUGUGAUUAUCCUGCUAUGGGCACCGCCUGAGGAUUUUCUCUCCUCUAUCGUGUCGCGGCGACAGUGGGCCGCGGCAUGUGGCGGCGUCACGCGCUCACCGCCGCCCUUGUGCUCGCCGCGCAUCUUAUCAAAGUUCUGUCGUGCGGCGAGGCGCGUAGCACAGGCGGCGCGGGGGGGGCAGGCAACGCAGGCCGCGCGAGGCGCUAUGUGGGGCUGUACACAGGCCCCUACUUUGACCCGGCGGCGCCGAACAAUGUGACAGCACAACUGGGCACGCAUGCCUACCUGCCCUGCAAGGUGCGCCAGCUUAGCAACAAAUCAGUCUCUUGGAUCCGACGCCGUGACGCACACAUCCUCACCGUCGACCGAUUCACCUUCAUCGCCGAUGAGCGCUUCCAGGCCUUCCUCGUCGAGGCUACAGACACAUGGACGCUGCAGGUCAAGUACGUGCAGCCACGCGACGCUGGUCUCUACGAAUGCCAGGUCGGGACCGAGCCAAAGAUGAGUCACUUCGUGCAGCUAAAUGUUGUGGUGCCUAAGAUUGAAAUCGCAGGCGAAAGCGAGAUCUACGUGAAAGCGGGCAGCACAGUGAGCCUGAAAUGCGUAAUCACGCAGGCGUUGGAAGAGCCCGCCUACAUAUUCUGGUACCACAACGAUCAGCGAGUGCUGAGCUAUCGGCGCGGUCUUCGCGAUAUCCGAGUAGAGCGGCUGGGACCCGACACCACCGUGGGUCACCUCGUCCUACACCAUCCUGUGCGCGAAGACUCCGGCAACUACUCCUGCGCACCAUCCAACCUUGACUCAGCUUCCGUCGUACUCCACGUGCUUAGUGGUGAGCAACCAGCCGCUAUGCAGCAUGGCAAUGCGGCGCGACCCGCUGCACCCAAUGUUGCACUAUUGACUUUAGGUGCCCUCACCGCAUUAUGGGGUAUGUCACGGGGACCACGAGUUCCAUCGCGGGGUGAUCCAGGCCGGGGUUUAGCGUUAUUGCUAGCUCCAUUCAUUCCGCUUAUCCGUCUGCUUGUAUUCGUGAUGUCUACACUGAUCCUGUGUCACGACGAAGAUGAUCCCCAAUAGCGGAUGGCGCAUCGUCCGGCCGUAGACAUAGAAUGUUCUCGGCCAUUGAUAGAAUACUUUCCCAGAAUACAUGAGGAACAUCUGAACACCGACAUGUGAUGUGUAAAUAGUAAUUUAAUUAAAUUUUGAAUAAUAUAAUGAUCGUCACAAACGGUACCCACUGAAUAUAAUGUGUUUUAUAUAUUUAAAAAUAAUGUCUGAACUAGUGUGACCCUCGCGAGGCCGGUAUGUUUAUCGAUAGUCCACUCGAACCAUGACUUGUGAACGUCGCUUUUGUAAACUUGUAAAUAUUAUUGAUAA